AUGGCCGGAGAUGGAAUGAAGGAGAUUUUUGAAGGCGGAGCAAUGGCGGAACAGCAGUACGAGGCGGCGAAAACGUCUGUAUGGUGGGAUAUAGAGAAUUGUCUGGUGCCAAGGGGAUGUAAUGCUCAUGCAAUUGCUCAGAAUAUAAGUGCAGCAUUGAUGAAAUUCAACUAUAAUGGACCCGUUACCAUUUCUGCUUAUGGUGAUACCAAUGGCAUUCCUUCGUCUAUUCAAAGAGCUCUGUCUAGUACAGGAAUCAGUCUCAAUCACGUCCCGGCUGGGAUAAAGGAUACUAGUGAUAAGAAAAUUUUGGUGGAUAUGCUAUUUUGGGCAGUGGACAAUCCAGCACCUGCCAAUUAUUUACUCAUUUCAGGAGACAGGAAUUUCUCCAAUGCCAUUCAUCAGUUAAGAAUGAGGAGAUAUAAUAUUCUUCUAGCACAACCUUUUCAACCUUCUCCUGCUCUCGCUGCUGCUGCCACAAAUUUGUGGCAAUGGACAACCCUUGCUGCUGGAGGACCUCCAGGAGAACUUGCUUUUGGUACCAACACGUUACGUCAAGAAUCUAUACCGACUCCGAUUUCUGAACCUAUAUCAGCGGACCACCCGGCUCAUUCCAAUGCCAAUGCUGAUGCAGCUUCCGGGGUCCAAAUAAUGUUAUCUAAUCCCAGACGCUGCUUUGACACUAAAACUAAAGCUAUUUACGCAGCUAAGAACGCGAAUCAACUGACUAUGACCGGCAUGAAAAGCGUGCCUGCUAGAACUGAAGAAACUAGUAGCAGCCAUCGCCAACUAACACCAGUUUUUGCACCACCGCGGUUUUUACCACAUCAUUUUUUUUGCACCACCGGUGUUUUUACCACAUCAUUUUUUCGCUAUGUCUGA